CAAAUAAGAUAUAUUCCACAAGAUGUAGCUGUACUGAAAAGCGUAUGCAACUAAUUUAACACGUAAAUGCAAGAUUAUUAUUGGUUAUACAUGACAACAAACUGCACAUGUUUUUGUUUAUGUUUGGCCAGCUGCAGGGAGCUCUUGAUUUUCAAUUAUUGUACAAUAUUUUCGUUUAUAGAAAAUAGAAUAAUGAAUCAUACAGACAUAGAAGAUAAACCAAAACAAAGUAAUUCAUCAUGCAAAAAUCAAAAUUUUAUCGAUUGGGAUGAAUAUUUCAUGGCAAUUGCUUUUCUGGCUGCUAAACGUAGCAAAGAUCCAUGCACACAAGUUGGAGCUUGUAUAAUAAAUGAAGAUAAGAAGAUUGUAGGUGUUGGUUAUAACGGUAUGCCCAUUGGAUGCAAUGAUGAUGAAUUUCCUUGGAGCAAAAACCAAGAAUCUGAAUUAGACAACAAAUAUUUAUAUGUAUGUCACGCUGAGCUCAACGCGAUUCUCAACAAAAACAGCUCUGAUCUGAAAAAUUGCAAACUCUAUGUUGGCUUGUUUCCAUGUAACGAAUGCGCCAAAUGCAUUAUACAAUCAGGGAUAAAAGAAGUUGUUUAUCUAUCUGACAAGCAUGCCCACAAAAACGGGACUAUAGCAUCGAAGAGGAUGCUUUCUGCAGCAAAUGUUAAAUACAGUCAGUUGAAUCCGAAAAAUAAGAAAAUUGUGAUUGAUUUUAAUGAAAUUGAUUGGGAUUCCAUGUACCAACCAGCAUUAAGUCCUGCACCCAAAAAUGUAUCAUAAUAUCAAAAAUCGUAUCUCAAAUAUUUGAGUACUAGAAAAUAUUUCUAAAUGUUUAAUUAUGUAAUAUAUUUUAAUAAAUUGAUGAUAAUAAUUAUGAUACCUUUGAAAAUUAAGUUGCUUUACAUUUUAGUUUAUGCAAUUUAGAAAAGAUAGAAGAAAUACAUUUAUAGACACGCUAAAUUACUUUGAAACAUUUGAUAAACGUAUCCAAAACAUUUAAAAUAUCCUCGGGAAUUAUAUCCAUUGUUAAAAGUGUAUAAAUAUUAACCGCACAAACU